AUGGAGGCACCGGAGCUCCCGGAGCUCCCGGAGCCGGACGGGCUCUUCCCGGAUCCCCCCUCGCUCCCGGUGCCGGUACUGGGCUUCCAGACCUUGACGCUCCCGGAGGAUGAUGGCAGCGGAGCCGAGGAGCUGCUGGGGCUGACGGUGAACCCCGACAUCGCCUGCGGGCUCGGCAGCAGCCCGGAGCGCCCCCGGCCCGCCGGGCCGCCCCCGGUGCUGCUGGAGGUGGUGUGUGACCUCAGCACGGCCCUGGACCCCUCGCUGUUCCCGGGCAUCCCGCUGGCCCCGAGCCCCGAGCCCCGGCCCACGCUGCGGCUGACGGAGGAGGAGAAGCGGCUGCUGGCGCAGGAGGGGGUGACCCUGCCCGGGGCGCUGCCCCUCACCCAGGCCGAGGAGCGGCUCCUGAAGAAGGUGCGGAGAAAGAUCCGGAACAAGCAGUCGGCGCAGGACAGCCGGCGGAGGAAGAAGGAAUACCUGGACGAGCUGGAGAGCAGGGCGGCCGCGUGCUCGGCGCUGAACCAGGAGCUGCGGAAAAAAGUCCAGGAGCUGGAGAUGAGUAACGGGUCUCUCCUGCGGCAGCUCCAGGCGCUCAUCAAGGAAACGUCCACCAAGCCCGCGCAGACCGGCACCUGUGUCCUGAUCCUGCUCCUGUUCCUGGGGCUGAUCCUGCUCCCCAGCUCCAGCCCGUUCCCCCGGAGCAGCAGCCGGGAUGGCCUCGGACCCACCGGAGGGAUCUCCAGGAACAUCCUGACCCUGGCGCGGCAGGAGCCGGCAGCGGCCGGAGAAUCCCCGUUCCCAUUCCCGUGGUGGAUGUCGGGGACGGAGCCGGGAUCCCGUGUGGAGGACAGAGCCCGGGCAGCGCCUGGGGAUGGGAUUCCCACCCCCCAGGGGGAUCCAGGCUCCAAUUCCUCCCGGCAGGACACGGGGACAGGGACAUGGGGACACGGGGAGGAGAUGUGACCAGGAGGCCUCAGGACGGGGAACGCUCCAGAAUAAACCCACACUCUGUUUGCA